UUUGUGAACUAAUGUUAGUUCCCCACCCUUGCUGGCCUCCAGGCCUAGAGUAGGGACAGAAAUAAUCAAUUUAUGUGGUGCCUACUCUGUGCCAGGCCUACAGUAGGCACCACAUGAAAGAUUUUUUUUUUUUUUUUUGAGAUGGAGUCUCGCUCUGUCGUCCAGGCUGGAGUGCAAUGGCACAAUCUUGGCUCACUGCAACCUCUGCCUCCCGGGUUCAAGCGAUUCUCCUGCCUCAGCCUCCCGAGUAGCUGGGAUUACAGGCGCCCACCACCACUCCAGGCUAAUUUUUUUUUUUAAUUAUUUUUAGUACAGACGGGGUUUCACCAGGUUGGCCAGGCUGGUCUCGAACUCUUGACCUCAGGUGAUCCACUGGCCUUGGCCUCCCAAAGUGCUGAGAUUACAGGCGUGAGCCCCCGCGCCCGGCCAUGAAUGAUUAUUUCUAUCUCUGCUUUCGCUGGGGGAAGGCACAGAAGCUGUACCAGUUUCCCGUGAUGUCCCCAGCCUCCAGCUGAGUGCUUGGCGAAGAGAAAGGAGUCAAAGGCAGGAGUCAAAGGCAAGUGCCCCAAUGGACACUUGCUCAGUCCCUCAUCUCCACCCUCUCGCAGGUGGCUGGUGUCCCGCGAUGGCCGCAGGCGCCCUCCUGCCGUGCCCGCGCCCGUGUCCGAUGUCCCGGCUGGACUUCCUCAAGGCCUCGCACUUCUCGCUGGGGCCAGACCUGCGGCUGCACGAGGGUACCAUGCGCACCACGUCGCACCGGGACUUUGCCUACCCGGCUGCCACCCGGGAGCCGCCGAGCCUGCAGCCGCCGCCCGCGCUGCUUUUCCCAAUGGACCCGCGCUGGGACCGGGAAGAGCGCGUGUCGGAGGCGCGCCGCGCGUUCCCGCCGCCGUCCACGCCGCCGUGGGAGCUGCUGCAAGCGCAGGCGCGGGAACGGACGGUCGCCAUGCAGGCCAGCAACCUGCACCUGCACGAGGACGCGCACGCCGGGAUCGGCCUCUCCAACGCUCGCACCGCCUACGGCUGGCCCGAGCUUCCGGCGCGCACCCGAGAGCGGGUCCGCGGCGCGCGCUUCAUCUUCGACCGCGACUCCCUGCCUCCUGGCGACCGCGACAAGUUGCGCAUCCCGCCCACCACGCACCAGGCGCUCUUUCCACCCCACGACGCGCGCCCGCAGCCUCGCGCGCCCAGUUACCACCUCGGGGGCCCCAACACCCUCAAGUGGGACUACACGAGACGAGAUGGGACUUCCUACCAAAGACAGUUCCAGGCCCUGCCCGGCCCACCCGCCUUGAUGUGUAGGAGGGCCUCCUCCAGAGUGGAGCUGGGAGACUGCAAGUUCAGCUAUGGAUCAACCUGUUCGGAGCAGAAACAGGCCUACAGGCCCCAGGGUCUGCCUGAAGAUAGGUAUAAAGGGGCGGCCACUGCCGGGCGCGGUGGCUCAUGCCUGUAAUCUCAGCACUUUGGGAAGCUGAGGCAGGCAGAUCAUGAGGUCAGGAGCUCGAGACCAGCCUGGCCAAUAUGGUGAAACCCCAUCUCUACUAAAAAUACAAAAAUUAGCCAGGCAUGGUGGCGCACGCCUGUAAUCCCAGCUACUCGGGAGGCUGAGACAGAAUUGCUUGAACCGGGGAGGCAGAGGUUGCGGUGAGCCAAGAUCGCACCGUUACACUCUGGGCUGGGCAACAGAGCAAGACUCUGCCUCAAAAAAAGGAAAAAAAAAAAUAGAGAUCAUCUCUAGCUCACCCCCCAGGGUCGUGUCAAGAUCAGCUCGGGGGCAUCUUUGCACCACCACCACUGUUAUACCCAAGACGAGGGUUAAUUCAGAGCCACCCAGGAUCACCCCAGCCCUGGAGUCCUUCCAGGGACACCCUUGGUUUCUCUCCAUCUUCUUAUCCAGCUCCUCAUUCAGCCCAGCCUGGGGCCCUUUUUGCCCACCUCUCCCCAGGGUUCAACCUCCCCAGCCUUUGAUGCUCUGGCUCUGCCCCUAACCGGCCCCACCCUACCCUAGGCUUCACCUCCUGAAGGGCUAAAUCCCACCCCAAAUUGACCAGAACCCCAACUCCGCCCCUGGACAAUCCCGCCCCUUGGUGGCCAUGCCCCGCCCCUGCAUAACUCCACCCUUCUGGCCACAGCCUCGUCCCUUUCCCUAUCCUCUCUUACCCAGUCUUAACCAUCCUCCUUGGUCAGACACUGGCUCCGCCCCGACCAGCUAGCCUGCCCUGCUUGGCCCCACCCCCUGACUCAUCAGGCCUGGAGAUCCUGGGGUGAACAGGGUGGAUCGGCCACCUCUCAGGCUGCCCUGUCAGGCUGUCCACCCUGUCUCCACAGUGCAAGUACAGCCACAUGGAGCCCCCUCUGGGUGGACUGCGCGUCUUCUCAACCCAAUACAAGGACAAUUUUCCUUUCAAGUACCAGGGCCCAGCAGCCCUGAGACUGAAAAAUCCUCAGGAGGGCUUCGUGCCCCUGGGUACGCCUCACCAGCAUGGCUGCAGGGAGAAGAUAGACCCUCGGCUCCCCCAGCCCCCUAUGUACCCGUGCCCCAGCCAGCAAUAAAUACCAUCCUAGCAACA